GCUCUGCUUCUCGCUCAGCGACCCAAAUCCCUCCUCCUCCUCCUCCUCCUAUAAAGGCGGGAUUUUGAUAACUCUUUCUCCGAUUUCCUUCACCCUCACGCCUUCGCGAAUCCAAAGGUUUCUUUAUACUCCAAUCUCGCGCGUCAUUUCUUGAUAUUUCGUUAAAAAAAGUGCUUCUUUUAGCCUGCUUCUCCAAUUGAUUCCUAAUGGCGGCGAUCUUGACCGAUCUCGCUUUGUGCAAAAAGCUUUCUUUUGCGAAGUUGAAGUACGAGUCCGCCGCUUAAAGGAAGAGCCUUCCGCCACAAGAUCGUGUUCGAUUCCUUUAAUCCUGGAACUUAGUGUUUCGAUCGAGAUUCGAUUCGUUAUUCUGUCUUCCCUGCCGUUCGUUUGGAAAAAGGAGUUAGGACUUAGAUGGAGAUGAGUGGCUCUCAGCCGUCGCAGUUUAUCACGAGCAAUGGGAGUCGUGGUAUUUCUCGCGGUAGUGGAACUCCUCUGAUUGACGAUAUUGAGAUGGGGCAGAUCAUUGUCCCUGAGAGAAAAAGUUGGAAAAAUUUGUUUGCGUAUAUGGGCCCAGGAUUCCUUGUCUCCAUUGCGUAUAUCGAUCCUGGAAACUUUGAAACUGACUUGCAGGCAGGUGCACAGUUUACAUAUGAGUUACUCUGGAUAAUACUUUUAGCCUCCUGUUCUGCCUUGGUCAUUCAAUCGCUCGCAGCCAAGCUAGGUGUUGUCACAGGAAAGCAUUUAGCUGAGCAUUGCAGAGCUGAAUAUCCAAAAAUCCCCAACUUUAUCUUGUGGGUUCUUGCUGAACUUGCAGUUGUUGCAUGUGAUAUUCCUGAAGUUAUUGGAACAGCUUUUGCUUUGAACAUGCUCUUCAAGAUCCCUGUAUGGUGUGGUGUUCUUCUUACAGGUCUUAGUACUUUGCUGCUGCUAUUACUACAGCAGUAUGGGGUUCGGAAACUUGAAUUUUUUAUAGCUUUUCUGGUGCUUACAAUGGCUGGCUGUUUUUUUGCUGAACUUGGCUAUGCAAAGCCAAAGUCUUCAGAAGUUCUCAAGGGACUUUUUGUUCCUCAACUUAAAGGAAAUGGUGCUACUGGUCUUGCUAUCUCUUUGCUUGGUGCCAUGGUGAUGCCGCACAACCUUUUCCUUCAUUCAGCACUGGUGCUCUCUAGGAAAAUACCACGCUCAAUUCAUGGAAUUAAAGAAGCAUGCAGGUUUUAUAUUAUUGAAAGUGCAUUCGCUCUUGCAGUGGCUUUUCUCAUUAAUGUAUCUGUUAUUUCUGUAAGUGGUGCUGUUUGUAGCUCGGAAGGUCUGAAUCCUGAAGAUCAGAGAAACUGCAGUGAUCUUGACCUUAAUAAAGCAUCAUUUUUGUUGAGAAAUGUCCUUGGGAACUGGAGUUCCAAGUUAUUUGCAAUUGCCUUAUUGGCAUCUGGUCAAAGUUCUACAAUUACAGGAACAUAUGCUGGACAAUAUGUCAUGCAGGGGUUUCUUGAUCUACGAAUCACACCAUGGAUAAGGAACCUGUUGACUCGAUCCUUGGCGAUUGUGCCAAGUCUAAUAGUUGCGUUAAUUGGUGGCUCCACAGCAGCUGGAAAGUUGAUUAUUAUUGCCUCGAUGAUUUUAUCAUUUGAGCUUCCUUUUGCUCUGGUUCCACUUCUCAAGUUUACCAGCAGUAAGACCAAGAUGGGUUCACAUGCCAAUUCUCUCAUGAUUGCAGCAACCACAUGGAUAAUAAGCUCGCUGAUCGUGAUCAUCAAUACCUACUAUCUCGUCACUGGCUUCAUCAAUUUACUUUUGCACAGCGGGUUGCAUACCGUAUCCAUCGCAUUUGCUGGAGUUUUUGGUUUCUCAGGCAUGCUGGUAUAUGUAGCUGCGAUUCUUUACUUGGUCUUCAGGACAAAUAGGAAAUCAACUCAACCAUUACUACAUGAUGAUUCUCAAUUUGGACAAACCUGUGAAAGUAACAAUGGCAUCUAUGAUUUACCAAGAGAGGACAUUGCAAGUAUGCAACUUCCGCAGGGGAGAUCUACAUCGGAUCUUGACUAAAAGUAACCUGUAGUUCCUUUUAGCGGCGACAGACAUAUGGUCUUCUUUGUUUGAAGCAGUCAUUUAGCUUCUGAUGCUCAUAAUCGAAAAAUAAAACGAGCGUGUAGAUAGAGUAGUAUGGGACAGAAUCCUGAAGCUUUUAGUAUGAUUGUAUGAAGUUUUCUAUUUUCUCUCAGACUAAAACUGAUGGUAGGAGGUCUCAAGGUGUAAAUGGAGACACUUUGAUGUGUACAUAAUCAUAGACAGAGCAUGCACCUCUAUCUCCAUUUUUCUAAGUAAAAGCUAACUACUAUGACCC